CGUACGGUAAAAACGGUUCGAAACGGAAAUCGAAACAAAUAUACGGCGGCGAUGCGCAAACCACAGUAGUUCGUGUCGCGUUUUUGUGCCGUGAUAACGUGUUAGCGUCUGUGUAAGAAAAACGGCCGUAACAAAUGUUUAUCUUGGAUUGUUAAAGUACGAUAAGAGAAAAGAGACUUACUAGAGUCGUAGACCGAUUUCAAUCAUUUAAUUCACGUGACGGCGUUUCGUGUCGGGACAAAGUAGCUGUUGAUGCUGCCGACGCCAGACCGAGAGUAUUUGACUAGUACUGGAACUGUUGAUGAACUUGGCUUGCUGCUGUCGGUCUACAAUAAUGGGAAAACUAUUGAGCCUGUUAGCUCGAGACGAGAACAGUUGCUGUUCUGCUCAACAGAAGUACGACAUUUUUUUAGAUUUUGAAAAUGCCCAGCCUACUGAAAGUGAAAUGCAACUAUUUGACGAGGUUCAAAUUGUGCUUACCGAGGCCUCUGACGUGCUUUCCGAUCUCAAACAUUACGCAGGCGCUGACCAAUACAUACGAGCUGCAAUUAAUAACCCAAGUGCCGAACAAAAUGCAUUAACUUGGGAAGCGUUGAUGCCCCGAAUUCGCACUUUGAGACGGUUCUAUUUUUUCUCACAAAAAAUAGCUUUCGUUGUACCUCAAAUUCUAACUGAAAUAUGUUCAGAUGAUAUAACCCCAUCUUUACAUCUAGAAAAUCAACAAGCUCUAGUCAAACAGUUUUCCGAGAUCAUUGAGUUUGUAUUGAAGUUCGAUGAAUAUAAGAUGCGAACUCCAGCGAUUCAAAAUGAUUUUAGCUAUUACAGACGAGUGUUGAUGCGUGAAGGCGCAUCAGUGCAUUCGUUCACGGACCAAGAUGAAGAUUCUAACAGCAACCUGAAUGUGGCCAACAAAGUGUCGUUAUUCUACGCAGAAGCAACACCAAUGUUAAGAACGCUGUCAAACGUCACUUCACAAUUUUUGAACAAAGAUAAACGACUCGUUGAUUAUGCCAUCGAUAUGCUGAGUACCAUGGUAAAAGUGUGUAUACGCAUGUUGGAAACACCUACCGUUCAGUUCAGAAAACAAGAAACACACCUUUUCAUGCUUCGCGUACUUGUCGGCCUAAUUAUUUUGUACGAUCACGUGCACCCAAAUGGUGCGUUUGUCAAGACUUCCAACAUAGACAUUAAAGGUUGCGUACGGCUGCUUAAAGACCAACCGGAAGAGUUUCAGACUGAAAACCUGUUGAACGCACUGAGGUAUACGACAGCCCAUCUAAACGACCCAUCUACAUCGAAAACUGUCAGAUCCCUGCUCAUGGAGGCGUAAUUUUUUUAUUUAUACAACUGCUCAACCCAAGAUCUGAUUUUUAUAAAAUCAUAUAUUUUUGUAAUAAGUAUUAUAUAAUUUAUUAUUUUAACAUGUAGUAUUAUUUUAUAAGUUAACGGAUACAUCAUGUACAAUAUUGUGUUUUAAGAUAUAUUUUUUAAUAUCCUGUUUUCACAACUAAGUGUAUUAUUAAAUUAGUACUUUUUUAUUAAGA